AUGCCGCAGCAGGACUCCGGCGACGGCGGCGGCGGCGACGACCUGGGCGCGCCCGACGAGCUGCUGGCCUUCCAGGACGAGGGCGAGGAGCAGGACGACAAGAGCCGCGACAGCGCCGCGGGCCCCGAGCGGGACCUGGCCGAGCUCAAGUCGUCGCUCGUGAACGAGUCGGAGGGCGCGGCCGGCGGCGCGGGGGGCGCGGGGCCCGGCGCCCGGCUCCACGGCCCCGGCGAGGGCGAGGCUAUGGGCCGCGAGCACACUUCGCAGAGACUUUUUCCGGACAAACUUCCCGAGUCCCUGGAAGACGGCCUGAAGGCCCCGGCGUGUACCAGCGGCAUGUACAAAGAGACGGUCUACUCUGCCUUCAAUCUGCUCAUGCAGUACCCGCCUGCUUCGGGAGCGGGGCAGCACCCCCAGCCGCAGCCGCCACUGCACAACAAGGCCAGUCAGGCUCCCCAUGGUGCCCCCCAGCUCUCUCCUCUCUACGAACAUUUCAGCAGUCCACACCCCACGCCUGCACCUGCGGACAUCAGCCAGAAGCAAGGAGUUCACAGGCCACUGCAGACCCCUGACCUCUCUGGGUUCUACUCUCUGACCUCAGGCAGCAUGGGACAGCUCCCCCACACAGUGAGCUGGUUCACCCACCCCUCGUUGAUGCUGGGAUCUGGUGUGCCUGGUCACCCAGCAGCCAUUCCCCACCCGGCCAUUGUGCCCUCCUCAGGGAAGCAGGAGUUGCAGCCCUAUGACCGCAGCCUGAAGACACAGGCAGACUCCAAGGCGGAGAAGGAAGCCAAGAAGCCGACCAUCAAGAAGCCCCUCAACGCCUUCAUGCUCUACAUGAAGGAGAUGAGAGCCAAGGUCAUCGCCGAGUGCACACUCAAGGAGAGCGCUGCCAUCAACCAGAUCCUGGGCCGCAGGUGGCAUGCGUUGUCUCGGGAGGAGCAAGCCAAGUACUACGAGCUGGCCCGCAAGGAAAGGCAGCUGCACAUGCAGCUGUACCCGGGCUGGUCUGCGCGCGAUAACUACGGGAAGAAGAAGAGACGGUCAAGAGAGAAGCAUCCGGAGUCCACCGCAGAUCCUGGCUCGCCUAAGAAAUGUCGUGCUCGCUUUGGCCUCAACCAGCAGACGGAUUGGUGUGGUCCGUGCAGGAGGAAAAAGAAAUGCACUCGGUACUUACCCGGAGAAGGCCGCUGCCCCAGCCCCGUUCCUUCCGAUGACAGUGCUCUAGACUGCCCCCGGUCCCCAGCACCCCAGGACUCACCCUCAUACCUUCUGCUGCCCCACUUCCCCACAGAACUGCUUGCUAGCCCCGUGGAGCGGCACCAUCAUCCACAGGUCUCUCUGAAGCUCCCCGUCUCCCAGCCCCUGGGCCCUCUCAAGUCCCCCACAGCACUCUGCAGAGUGCACAGGUACAGCAACAGGAAUCUCAGAGACAGGCGGCCUAGUGUGCACAGGCACCUCCUCCUCCAGGGACCAGGCCCAGCCCAGGAGGAAGCAGUCCAAAUCACACAGUAAGCAGUGCUGAAGACCCCCAGGCUGCACUUCUUCCGGAAGACGACCCUCCGUCCAGGGGUGGGGAGGCCGCUGGUGCAGAUGUGCACCUGUCUCGUGCAGAGCACCCUGGUCCCCGGAUGCCUACAGCAGCCUGCACCUCUCCUCCCGUAUCAUUUGUCUUGCGAGCCAGCUGCCCCUGCUGCCCUUGGCUUUUCUGCUGUGGGUCAUAGACGGGCCGCACCGACCCUUCUCUGUCAGUGCCUCUUCUGCCCCCUGCAUGCCAGACACUUCCUGGACCAAGAGUGACCUAGUUUAUAAAGCAAACGUGAGCAUGCUCACAACCACAAAAGGCAAGAGAACACUGCUUCUCUUAAGGGAAUUGAGAGGCUGUGUUCACAAGAAAACCAGCAGCUGCUCAUGAGCUGGCCCAGAACCCUCUUACCUUACUCUCAGGAGCUUGCAAGAGGAGGGAAUGAGAUAGGUUAAAUUCAAGCCUCUGAGCCUAGGCAAAGGAGUAACCUGAGACUACCCUCCCUAUGCCAGGGGAGCAUGGGUGGAGGGGAGUGUCCAGCUCUAACUGAAAUUACUUCUUUUGGAAAUGGUUCCUGAGAGACACCAGCCUGAGGCCCUGAUUCCAAGGCCCAGGCACUAGGAGCCAACGUGCAGCUUCUGCUCAGUGCCAUUUCCAGCUCCCCCAUCAGUUCAGCCGGCCUCAGGCGGGCAGCUAGACUGAGAAGGCGAUUCCCAAACCUCCCCCACACACAGCCUAUCAUAGCACAGUGGCUUCAGUCUCACUUGGGCUGCAGCAGAGGCCAGGACAACAGAAGGAGCCAGAAAACCUCUACUAGUAGAUAUGGGUUUUCACUGCAGCCUACUAUAAGUUUUUGAGCCAAGCUUCAACCCUGAGCCUUGAAAAACAAGUUUGUUUGUUUUUUUUAAUUUAACCUGUUUUUGUGUUCUCACUGUACGUAGCCUGAAUCCAAAGAAAAAGGGCUGUCUGUCCUCCACACAUCCCUCAAGAAAAAAAACUUUAGUUCCUACUUUAGCCACUGUUUUCUCAGAAUCCAAAGCUCACAUUUGUAGUGUUACAAGAAGUCUUGAAAAGAGAAAGACCAAUGUAGUAUUCAAGAUAUUUUUGUAUUAAUGCAUUAUAAUAGAAAAACUUUUUUAAGCAUGGGAAUAAAGAUACUUUUUACUGGGUUGUUUUCAA